GGAAGGGAGGAGUCACACUAGGAUAGACUUCCUUUCAAACACUCCCAGUUCUUUAAAGGCUCAGAGCUCUGCAGCCAGUCCCAGGACUCUCCUGGAUCCACAGAGGCAAUUUAAUCCCCUGGACCCUCUCUGUCCUGAAGACCACCGCCUUUGAAGACCACAUUACUCUGGAAACCCCCAAAGGAGAAUGACCAUCAGUUUGUGACUUUAAGCACGAGGUCGUUGGAUUCUGCAGCAGGACAAUGAUCCAAAGCACAUCAGGAAGUCCACCUCUGAAAGCCGCUGAGAAAGUAAAGUGAAAGCACUCAAGGCAGAGCUGGCCUCUCUGCUUCCAGCUAAUCAAAGAUUUAGCUGCUGCCCAACACACCCAUGCUGCUCGCUCGCAAUACAGCGUUCUGUACGCUGUUUCCCAUCUACACAGUUGGUCCAGUGUAGGGAACAAAGAUCCAAAGAAUAAGAAGCCUGCGUUACCAUCCCACUGCGUAGAGAAGUUGCUGGUUUCUUCACACGGUGCCCAGAAAUUCCUGCAUCACCAGGGACACUGCUUGGAAGUGAGGAUUCAUUUGGACCAGCAGACCCGCUGGCUGGAGAAUAUUUCCACGGUUCAUGUUCUAAAGAUAAAGAUGGAGCUUGAAGGUUCAUGUGUCCAGGAUGACCCACACGUCAAGCUGAUGAUGGCGGGGUCGACCCUGAGGAAGGUCAAGUCCCGCUCCUGGAAGAGGCAGCGGCAUUUUCGCCUUCUGGAGGAUGGCCUGACAAUCUGGUACAAAUCCAGAUGGGCAGGGAAGGGCCACUCUACCUUCUCAGUGAUGGACGUGGAGGUAGUGCGUGAGGGCCAUCAGUCUGAAGUCAUGCUGAGCAUCGCUGAGGAGUUUCCUGCUGAGCUCUGCUUCACCUUGGUCUUUCACGGGCGCCAAGGAAAUGUGGACCUUGUGGCCGACUCUCCAGAGGAGGCCCAAGCUUGGAUCCAAGGAGUCCGGAAACUGAUUCACAAAGCCCAAACCAUGGACGAGCAGGAGAGGCAGGACCAAUGGGUGCAAGACUGGUUUCAGAAGGCUGAUAAAAACAAGGACGGGAAGAUGAAUUUCAAAGAAGUAAAGAAGCUGCUGAAGAUGAUGAACGUGGAGAUGAACGAAGAUCACGCUCUGCAUCUGUUUACGAUGGCUGACAAGUGGAAAAGUGGUUCCCUAGAAAUCGAGCAGUUUAUCCACUUCUAUAAGAUGCUGACUCAGAGAGACGAGGUGUGGAAGGUGUUCCAGGACUACUCUGGAGAUGGAGAGAAGUUAACGUUGGAAGAGCUGGAAAACUUUUUGAGGCUGGAGCAGGGUGAAGGAGACCAGAGUUCUCAGCAUGCCCUGGAGCUGAUCCAGUGUUACGAACCUUCUGAGACAGCCAUGAAUCAAAGCUCCAUGUCCCUGGAAGGCUUCGAGAUGUACCUGUGUUCCCAGGAGGGCUCCAUAUUUAAACCUGAGCUCCUGGAACUUCACCAGGAUAUGAGCCAACCGCUCAGCCAUUACUUCAUCUCCUCCUCACACAACACCUACCUCCUCGAGGACCAGCUGAGAGGUCAAAGCAGCUUGGAGGCAUACAUCCAGGCCCUGAAGAGAGGCUGUCGCUGUGUGGAGGUGGACUGCUGGGACGGCAGUGACGGCGAACCUGUCGUGUAUCACGGCCACACUCUAACUUCAAAAAUCCUCUUCAAAGACAUCAUUUCAACACUCAAAGAGUACGCCUUCCAGGUAUCUGACCUCCCUGUUAUUGUGUCUCUUGAGAAUCACUGUGGUGUGGAGCAGCAGAUGAUCAUGGCCAAACACCUUCGCCAAAUUUUGGGCGAGAUGCUCCUGACUGCCCCACUGGACGUGCACAUCCCUCAACUGCUUCCCUCGCCACAGGAACUGAGGGGGAAGAUUUUGCUGAAGGCCAAGAAAAUUGGCGGGCUGGAAACAUGCCUGGACGAAACGUUGACUGAUGAAGUCAGCGACGAGGACGAGAUGACCAACGAAGACAUGGACAGUCCCUGCACAGAAGAUCCAGCAGCACAGACGACAAACAAGAAGUCCAAACUGUCCAGAGAGCUGUCAGACCUGGUGGUUUACUGCAAGAGUGUCCCCUUUCAAAGCUUUGAGCAUGCUCGUUCUCAGGCUAAGUGCUACGAGAUGUCUUCGUUCUCUGAAUCCAAAGCGAAGAAGCUUGCUAAGGAAGCAGGGACAAAGUUUGUUCAGUACAACGCUCGGCAGCUGUGCAGGACCUACCCCAGUGGCCUGAGGACAGACUCCUCCAACUACAACCCACAGGACAUGUGGAAUGUGGGUUGCCAGAUAGUGGCUCUGAACUUCCAGACAGCCGGUCUGGAAAUGGAUCUGAAUGACGGACUCUUCAGGCAGAACGGCUGCUGCGGUUACGUCCUCAAGCCCGACUUCAUGAGAGACGGCAGCAGUCAGUUCAGUCCGGAGAGACCAGAGGAUCGGCCGGGCUACAAACCGCUUCGCUUGUCAAUACAGGUGAUCAGUGCACAACAGCUACCGAAGGUGAAUCAGAAGGAGGGAUCAAUUGUGGACCCACUAGUCAGAGUGGAGAUCUAUGGUGUCCCACAGGACCAGGCCAAGGAGGAGACGAGCCACAUUAAUAAUAACGGUUUUAACCCAGUCUGGAAUGAAACUCUAAACUUCAUCGUCUACUCCCCUGAGCUGGCGCUGGUCCGCUUCGUGGUGGAGGACUAUGACAAGGCGUCAAGGAACGACUUCAUUGGACAGUUCACUCUUCCGUUUACAUGCAUCCAGCCAGGAUACCGUCAUAUUCAUCUGCUGUCCAGAGACGGAACAGCCAUCCCUCCUUCUUCUGUCUUUGUUAACAUCAGCAUUUCAGAUCUCUUAUGAAGAGGUCAAUGAGUCCUUUAUCUCCUCCAGUCCAGUGUCUCCUGACAAAAACUCAAACCUUCAUUCUGUCAGUUUUCACGUCUUACAUGAAGAUAUUUAUCUUUUUCUAACUAUAUUUACUGAAAGUUUAUUCAUUCCCAGCAUAUGAUCUACAUGUUCCAUAAACAACACAGAACAUCUGGUUUUAAUGUAUGUUAAACAAUCACCUGGACCUUAGGUGGUCAUAAAUACAAACCGAGAUGACCGAAGAGUCGUGACAUAUUAUAUAGUGUUUCUUCGUACUUAAAAUCAAAAAGGAAACAAGAUGUAAGUGAAAAACUAAGUACACCCAAUGAUCCAGCAGCUUGUAGAACCACCUUCAGCAGUAAUUAUUAGCAAUAGUUUUAGGAGUCACUCUCUUCAGAACCUUGGUCCACUCAUCUUCACAAUGUUCUUCUUCUUCUUCUUGUAUUAUUUAUUGGAGGUUGUCAAAUAACGUUAUGAUGUGCAUUACCGCCACCAACUGAUAUGGAGUGUGGUUCUUCAUGGUUUUAAAUCUUAUUUACUAUUACAAC